CCCAACGGAAGUAAACAGUAAUCACGUUACAACCCGGAAGCACUGCCUUUUUUCUCUGAUUAACGUUUGAAUAGACGAGAAAUAUCCAUUUAUAUUAUAAAGAAACGAUUAAAACACGAUGCUGCUAACGUCCUACCGCCUCUGAGGGUGAUAUUAGUGAGUUAAUCUGCAGCUGGAGGCGGUUAGAGAGGCGGUGGAGAGAGAAGAGCAGAGAAACAGCAACAACGCCCUGAUGAGAACCGACCGACGGAGACAAACACCUCAUCUCUGUGUGUUUACUAUCCGGCUGAGAGGAGCUGAUUCUCCGCAGUGAGAGCAGCUGUGAGUCGGUGUGUCGGUAGAUAACCGUGUUCAGGUUGUGUGUGAGUGUUUUUACAGUCGUAGUGAGUAAAAUGGCUGAGCUACAUGUAGUGGAACCGAGCGGUACUGGCACCAUAGAGCAGCCGGAGCACCGCGACGUCCGGGCGGGUUCGGUUCGGCUGGCGUCGCCCACUCUCCUGGUUCCUCCUCCUCCGCGGAGCAGCGGCCAGCUCAGCCCCGGUGUGUCGAGCAGCAGCGGCGGAGGAGGUCGCUCUGUGUUCGGGUUCCCGGCCAAGAGCACCUCGGAACCGGUGGAGAAGCCCGGAUCCCGCUGGGUCCGUCUGAACGUCGGAGGAACCUACUUCAUCACCACCAAACAGACGCUCUGUCGGGACCCCAAAUCAUUCCUGUUCAGACUCUGUCAGGAAGACCCGGACCUGGACUCAGACAAGGACGAGACAGGAGCCUACCUGAUCGACAGGGACCCCACAUACUUCGGCCCCAUCCUGAACUACCUUCGGCACGGAAAACUGAUCAUGGAUAAACACCUGGCUGAGGAAGGUGUUCUGGAGGAAGCCGAGUUCUACAACAUCGUGUCUCUGGUGCGGCUGGUGAAAGAGAGAAUACGGGACAACGAGAACCGGACAUCUCAGGGUCCCGUGAAGCAUGUGUAUCGAGUACUACAGUGCCAAGAAGAGGAACUCACACAGAUGGUCUCGACCAUGUCGGACGGUUGGAAGUUUGAGCAGCUUAUAAGCAUCGGCUCCUCAUAUAACUACGGCAACGAGGACCAGGCAGAGUUUCUAUGUGUCGUUUCCCGGGAACUCAACAACUCCACCAACGGCAUCGUCAUCGAGCCCACCGAGAAGGCCAAGAUCCUUCAGGAGCGAGGCUCGCGGAUGUGAAGAGACCCAGACGCUGAUCUAAAUAACACUUUAUCAACAAAAACAAAACAAUAACACAAACAUUUUUCAUCAAGAUCCAUGAGUUUACCCCCCCACCCCCGCCCCGCCCUGUACCUUUCUACCAUCACCGCCUUCAUCAUCAUCAUCGUCGUCCCUCCUCCUCUGGUGUGCCUUUCCUCAGCGGGGGCUACCCGACGCCUCCCUCUCCUCCAGUGCUGCAACACGACCCCGACUCGUCUCCUCCUCCUCCAUCGCCGGCUGUGGAACACUUCAGGAGGAGUUUAAAAGGGAUUACAAGUGAGUGGUUUUCCUCAUCGCAGCUGUUUUUUUGAUGGUCAGUGUCGCCGCGGUGCUGAUUGUACCCCCUUAUUGUCGUCAGUGGAUGGACGCCCAGCGCAGAGCUACUAUAAAAUCAUCAUCUUCAUCAUCAUCGCUUAUACAUUUGGCUCUGUCGACUUAGCAGAAAUCUCCUCAGGACUCUCAACGGACGUAAAGGAAUGACACUGACUGAGCCUCGUUUACUUCAAUCUGUUGAUGGAGUGAGCGCCUGCCGCCUUUCCUCUCCGCACUCCUCCCAGACUCCUCAGCUGAUGUCUGAGGCAGGUCGCGGCGCAACAAACCGAGCCAGGAGGGUGGAGGAGGUGGCAGCAGCAUGACGCAGAGUUCGCUGUGUGUGAGCCAGCCUGGUGCAGCGUUUCCUCCGCUGACAUCUUACAGGCGUCCCGUCUUGGAAAGAUCACGCCAUCCUCCUGUUUCCUGUUUCCUGGGCUCGAUUUUGGGAAAAUUUGGGAUAUUUCCGCGCAAAAGAAAACAAAAAAAAACCUGUGUACAAUGUGUCAAGGCAUGUGAGGAAAUCUAUAUAAAUCUAUAUAGGCUACAUGAUGAAAUUAUAUGAAAUGCAACUGGUGUAAUUACUGAUUUCUGUAUCAUAGUUGUCAUAUAUUUACAUAUUCUUGGUGGGUGAGUCUAUUUAAAUGACGGAGAAUAAUAAUAUCACUUUUCAUAACCAGUUUUUUCCUGAAGGUUUCCCACCCGGUAAACAUGGAUGUGAGUUUGUGUAAUGCAGUGCCUCUCUGCUUUUCUGUCCAUGACUGAAUCAAUAUCACCACGUUUUUUCAGCUGCACGUUUUUUCUGUAGUGUUCCUCAAAAAAAACAAAAAAAAACACGUUUUCUCUUAGAUAUCCUACUUUGAUCUCUUGCAUAUCUUAAAAUUGUAAUUAUGGAUAAAGAAAAACUGUCAUUUGCCAUCCGUCCAGACGAGCGUGAUGUGGCGAGGAUUGGACCGUGGGCCAGUUUGUAUGCUGCCUCAAACUCCCUUAAAGCAUCCCCCCCCCCCUCUCUCUCCACGGCUAUUCUCGUUGCCAACCUCCACUCACUUUGCCUCCGUCUGACUGUGUCGUCUCACAUUCUGCAGCACUUGUAGCAACUUGUGGCGCGAGCUGAGUUGUGUCUCCUCGCGCUUAAAUGCCCUGAGAUAACCUGAGCCGACAUCAUCACAGAGAUUUACAGAGACUGUAACCGAACCUGCCACACAGGAAGUGUCUUCAGUUUUUUCCUGAGCUUUGGAGCGAAGCCUUUAUAUUUCGGAUGUUAUGUAACGUUGUUUUUCUGUUGCCAGCAGAUGGGCACCAACUCGGCUAAACGUAUAUUUCUCUUGAAAUGUGCUUGACAUUAAGUUGCUGUGUGAUGGUGCUGAUUUUAAGACUUGUAACAACAUUGGAAACACAGAUAAACUCUCCUGUUUGUAGCACACAGCUCUGAUUUUAUGAGCAAUUAUCUGGCUAAAUACAUACAAAUAUUUGGUUUCAAAUUAUUUAUAACUGAUGUGCACUUUUCUGUAAGUAAAACUGAAUUGACUUCUACUUCAAAUGUGCAUUUAAAAAAAACUGUAGAGCAAGUCGAUUAACUGAUUAGUCUACUGACAGAAAAUGAAUCUGCAACUUUCUUUUCUCUGCAUUUAAAUCAUUGUAAAUUAAAUAUGUUUGGGGGUUUGGAUCUGAUAAAACAAAACGUUUGAGGACGUUUCCUUGGGCUCCGAGAAAAUGUGACGUUUUUCAGACUAGACUAUUAAUCGGUUUAUUGAGAAAGUAAUCAGUAAAAUCAUCGUUAGUUGCAGCUAUAGCAGUCACCAAACUGUAGGGCUGCAACGCAAUGAUUGUUUACAUUAAUAAUGAUUCUAUUUUCAGUUAAUCGUUAAGUCUAUAAAAUAUCAGGAAAUAGUGAAUAAUGCAGAAUGCAAGUUCCCAGAGCCCACGGUGACGUCUUCAAAUCGCUUGUUUGCUUCAACCAGCUGUCAAAACCCCAAAUAUUCAACUUACAAUCAUAUAAAACAGAGAAAAACAGCAAACAAACAUUUGAGAAACUGAAACUAGUGAUUUUUUUUGCCGGUUAAUUGACUGCAGUUUUCUAAUCGACUAACUGAUUAAUCGUUUCACCGCUACACCGUACAAAAAUGUUAUCAACUGUGAAUAUAAUGUUGUUACUGGUGUAAACGCAGCCUUGUUAUAUGAGCAGCUUAAUGCAAAGUUUGAGCCAUAUUUACACAUAUCAGAUGGAGAACUGAUCGUCGGCGCCCAUCGUGCAGACUGAACUCCCAUUUUUAAAUCACCAAAAGCUAAAAGGAGCGUCUGAUCUUUAAUCACUUUGAUACACCCUUCUUUGUAUAAAGAACAUAUUUGAUGCAGUUAUGUUAAUAUAUCAAGCAUGAACAAAAAAUGAUGCAAGGAAAAAAGAAAAAAACCUGUGCUGUUGUCAUGCUCCCUGAUGUUCAGUCAGGCUCAAACUUUGAUGUGACUUCUUCUUCUUCUUCUUUGUUUUUUGUUUUUCCUCUCGCGGUGUGUGUUGUGCAGUUUUAUUCUGCUGAUCUGAGUCGUGAAGCAGCCGAGUCGUGUGCUGCUAAAAAUGCCCAAACGUCUCAUUGAGGAGCACUUUUUCUUCCUCCCCUUGUUGUUUCUCUGGGCCUUUUGCAAAGCACCUUGGGUGUUGUUUCCCCCCUUCGUCUGUGUCCAGUGUUGUGCCUUUUGACCUGUGUUGUGCACAGUUGUUCUCCCCCUCUUCUUAUCAUGAGGUGCCUCUCAUACCUUAAAAAAAGCCCCGGAGGCACCUACCUGAGGUAUAAUGUAUAACGCGGUCUUUAGCUUGUUUUCUAUCGUUAGUGUUUCAGUGAGAGGCAAGCCAAACAAACCCAUCGUCCCCCCCCUCCUGCAUUAUUUAAUGUUUUAUGAUACCGACAAACUGCUGCUUUCUUUGUGCCAUCGCUUUUGAGCUAAAUCCACCCACGACCCCUCAUCAUCGCUCCUGGAGGUUCAAAAUUGUGUCUGAAUCUGCUGUAAACAUGGUGGUGGCGCUGGAGGUGGUGGUUUGAGUUGUGUUUUACCAAAAUGGGAGGGAAGCAGGGAGCAGCAGGAAGACCAGUCAGAGCAGAUUUCCCUCCUCUGCUUUUAUCUUAGUAAAACUCCAGCAGUGCACUUGUUUAUCAGAAAUCGAUUGGACUAUAAACUCGCCUUCUUUUUUUUUUGUUGUUGUUGCAUGCUGAAGCCAUCUCUAAUGAUCCCGUUCUUUAGAUGUAUGUAAUCAACCUUUUUAAAGCACUUACUGUACCUGUCACCUUUGUGGAUACCCAGUUAUAUCUUCCCCCUGGUUGCACAGUUCAGUGGUUCCCAAACUGAGGCUGAGUCGGGACCCCGGAAGAGGUCGCAAGAUGGUUAAAAAGAUAGGAAAGCAAAAAAAAA